GACCGGAAGUGGAAGGUACCCGGAAGUUCCCGGGGAUGGCAGUCCCGCCUUGUGCCCUUUUCGGUGCCGGUCACGUGGGAGGGCGCGGUGACGUACCCGGCCCGGCUCGGCUCGGCUCGGCGCAGCGCAGCAUGGCGGACGCGGCCUCGCAGGUGCUGCUGGGCUCCGGCCUCACCGCGCUCUCGCAGCCGCUCAUGUACGUCAAGGUGCUGGUGCAGGUGGGAUAUGAGCCGCUUCCUCCGACCCUGGGCAGGAAUAUGUUUGGGCGACAGGUUUACCAGCUGCCGGGGCUCUUUGCGUACGCUAAGCACAUUAUGAAGAUAGAUGGAAGAGCCGGGCUCUUCAAAGGUUUGACUCCCAGACUCUGCUCAGGCGCCAUUGGCACCAUCGUGCACAGCCAGGUGUUACAGCGGUACCAGGAAGCUGACCAGGAGGAGGAGCCUGGGCCCAGCCUCAAGGAGCCCCUGUCCUCGCUGGAGCAGGUCAUCAAGGAGAAGAUUGGUGGCGAUUGGACGUUGAACAAAGUGAAUGCCAGUGAAAAUGAGACCUCCCGAGAGAUGGUUGCUCGUUCUGCCGCGACACUCGUCACCCAUCCCUUCCACGUGAUCACGCUGAGAUGCAUGGUGCAGUUCAUUGGCAGGGAAACCAAGUACAGUGGCAUCUUCAGCCCCUUCGUCACCAUCUACCGGGAAGAGGGCAUCCUGGGCUUCUUUGCGGGGCUCGUUCCCCGGCUGCUGGGUGACGUGCUGUCGCUGUGGCUCUGUAACAUGCUGGCCUACCUCAUCAACACCUAUGCACUGGAGAACGGGGUCUCCACCAUGAGCGAGAUGAAGAGCUACUCACAGGCUGUCACUGGAUUCUUUGCCAGUAUGCUGACGUACCCCUUUGUGCUCGUCUCCAACCUGAUGGCCAUUAACAACUGUGGGCUGGCUGGUGGCCUCCCCCCAUAUGCACCCAACUACUCCUCCUGGUUAGACUGCUGGAGCCAGCUGCUCAAGGAGGGGAACAUGAGCCGAGGCAACAGCCUGUUUUUCCGGAAGGUGCCUGCGGGGAAGCUGUACGUGUGGGAGGAGAAGCGUUUCCGCUGAGGCCGGAGCUGGGCGAGGGGCCCGGGGCCGGGCCAGAGGCUGGGCCAGAUGCACUGAAUGAUGGGAGAGUGGUGAUUUAUAUAGUUUUUUUUAAAAUAAUGAUUCAAUCUUGGGAAACGGA